AGUAGAGGUGUAAAUGAGAACCGCGGUAAACUUUACACCCCGGGUUUGAUUUCGUAGGCAUUUGGUAGAGGUGUUAAUAUACCUCAUCAAUCGCUGUAAAAGUCCAUUCUUGUCAGAAAAUUCGUAUCCCAUGAUCUGUCCAUUGCCCCUUCUGCCGGGGCAAGGUUCUUUCGAGACAAGGUUAUCUAUUCAUCACCUUCCUCCGAUGAGAACAGUGAGGCGGCGACAGCAGUGGUUGACCGUCGGAGGAAGAUGAUGGCGAGGCAUAGCCCCUUCUGCCAUGGUUGACCAUCGGUGACAACAGUGGUUGCUGGGGCAAGAACCGAUCUGUCAGUUGCCCCUUCUGUCGGGGCAAGGUUUUUUUGAGACAGGAUUAUCUAUUCAUCAUCUUCCUCCGACGAGAACAGAGAGGCGGCAACAGCAGUGGUUAACCGUUGGAGGAAGAUGAUGGUGGGGCGUAGCCCCUUCUACCGUGGUUGACCGUCGGCGACAGCAGUGGUUGUCUGGGCAAGAACCGGUUGGUCAUGCUCUAUACCCAUAUCCUCUAAGGUUUAACUCCUCUUGACCUGAAUAUCCUUAGUCUCUCUCCUUCUCUACCACUUUUGUAUUUGCCAUGGUUCCCCAAUUGACUACUGUGAGUGGCCAUGGCAUCGCCUUGGCUUUCUCGCCAUUCAUGGGGUUCCCAGAUGCCGUGGCAAAUCAGUACCUAGGACUGUUCAAUGAAACCAACAAUGGAGACUUCUCCAAUCAUGUUUUCGCCGUAGAGCUACACACAAUUCUUAGCCCCAAAUUUGCUAAUAUAUAUGAUAAUCAUGUCGAGAUCGACAUGAACAACCUUCAGUCGAUUGAAUCAAUUCUAGCGGCUUAUUAUUCAAGCAAAGAAGAGAUCAACAAGAGCCUGCACCUCAUAAGCGGAGAUCCAAUGCAAGUUUGGAUAGAGUAUGAUGGUGUAGAAAAGCAACUCAAUGUAACAUUAGCUCCACUUUAUUACCCCAAACCUGAGAUUCCCCUAUUGUCGACAUCACUUGAUCUUUCUUCGGUUUUCAUGGACUCUGUGUAUGUGGGUUUCUCUUCGUCCACUGGUGCAAUUGCAAGCUCCCAUUAUAUUCUUGGAUGGAGCUUCAACAGAAGCGACCAAGCACAAGAACUGCGUCUCUUGUUGCAACCCCCGGUCACUAGUUUCUGCGUAUGAUACGCCGCUCACCGCCACUUGUGGUGCUCUAUUUCUUGGCUGACCGGCAAGGACUACAAGGAAUUUUACCUCAAUGAUUUACCAAACGUGAAAAGUGUAAAAUGGAACAAAGUUCCCAUUUUACACUCUCAUGAACCCAUCAGUGUAAUAAUCCUCGGUGUAAAUUUAGCUUUACACCGCGAAUAAACGUAGCCUUAAUAGAUAAAACCUUGUUCUGAAACAUGAGUAUGUUUGGUCAUGUUUACUAGGAAAACCUAGACACAGUUAUCGUGAUGAUACAACUAGAAUUUUUCU